AUAAACUUAGCGGUUACAAAGUCUUCUUGCUUGUGUUGUAUUCAACUUCCCUUACCUACAAAGACAGACACAGAAAGAGAGACUCAGAGAGAGAGAGAGAGAACACAAAGCAAAGAACAAGCAUAACGUGGCACAUAGGAAAACAAAGAAAGGAACAAACGAGAAGUGAAAAACAGAGUACUUGCUCUGUUUUUUCAUUCUUUCUCUGUCAAAAACACCAAAUCUUCCUCUUUUCAAAGGUGCCCAGUUUCAAAUUUGCUAUCUUUUUUGCACCUUCUAUUCAUUCUGAUUCUUCCGCAAGUGGGUUUCUAAGGUUUUGUUCUAAAAACCAUUUUUUGAACAUGGGUUUUAGUUUCUAAGUUCAAAGUUGAAACAAGAUUUUCUUGAAGAAUAUAUAAAGAAAAUUAAACUAUGAGUUGGAAAAGUAGAGGAGAGAUUGUUCCUAGAAAUUUUAUGUCUCAGAAAUGGAUGAUUUUCUUGUGUAUUGCAAGUUUCUGUGCUGGAAUGUUCUUCACCAACAGGAUGUGGACUAUUCCUGAACCUAAAGGACUUGCAAGGACAACAGCAAUGGAAGCUGAACAAUUAAAUGUAGUUUCUGAGGGUUGUAAUACAAGAAUUUUGCAAGAGAAGGAAGUGAAGCGCGUAAUUAAAGGCGAUUUCAAGACACAUAAAACCUUAGAAAAUUUGGAUAAGACUAUUUCAAAUUUGGAAAUGGAAUUAGCUUCUGCUAAAGCAACUCAAGAAUCUCUAAGAAAUGGUGCACCUGUAUCAGAAGAUAUUAAGAUAAAUGCAUCAACUGGUAGGAGAAAGUACUUAAUGGUUAUAGGAAUUAACACUGCUUUUAGUAGCAGAAAAAGAAGAGACUCCGUUCGCGCCACUUGGAUGCCACAAGGUGAGAAAAGAAAGAAGCUAGAGGAAGAGAAAGGCAUUAUCAUCCGUUUUGUAAUUGGACACGGUGCCACGACUGGAGGUAUCCUAGAUAGAGCUAUCGAAGCAGAAGAUAGUAAACAUGGAGAUUUCCUGAGACUGGAUCAUGUUGAAGGAUACCUUGAAUUGUCAGCAAAAACAAAGACCUACUUUGCCACUGCUGUUAACUUGUGGGAUGCUGACUUUUAUAUCAAAGUUGAUGAUGAUGUUCAUGUAAAUAUAGCAACACUUGGAGAAACACUAAUUAGACAUCGAUCAAAACCACGAGUAUACAUCGGAUGCAUGAAAUCUGGACCGGUUCUUGCUCAAAAAGGAGUAAGGUACCAUGAACCAGAAUAUUGGAAAUUCGGCGAGACAGGAAACAAGUACUUUCGUCAUGCAACAGGACAAUUGUAUGCUGUUUCAAAUGAUCUUGCUACAUAUAUUUCAACAAACAAGAAUGUUCUUCACAAAUAUGCAAAUGAAGAUGUUUCAUUAGGAGCUUGGUUUAUUGGACUUGAUGUGGAGCAUAUAGAUGAUCGUAGACUAUGUUGUGGUACAACAGAUUGUGAAUGGAAGGCCCAAGCAGGAAAUGCUUGUGUUGCUUCAUUUGAUUGGACAUGCAGUGGAAUUUGUAGGUCAGCUGAAAGGAUUAAAGAAGUUCACAAAAAAUGUGGAGAAGGUGAGAAAGCCUUAUGGAGUGCUUCUUUCUAGGAGGAAGCCACCUUGAAGUUCUUCCUAACUCAGGAAGAAGUGAUUAUAACUAUAUUACUCAAAUUAUUAGGAUGCAAUAGUUUUUAUUUUUACUUUUUUCUAUAUGUUUUAGAAGUAUAGAAAAAUUUCAUUUUACACGAGAGCAGAAAAUAGAGAGGAAGAGAGAAAAAAAAAGAAAAAGGACCCUUGUGCAAUUUUAAUUAAUAAAGGAGAUUGACCAAUGUAGCUACUAGAAGAAUAGGAAGCAUGGGAUAAAGUCCCCUCAAUCCAUUUUUUUUGUUUUAUGCUUGAAGGGUCACUUUAUAUGUUAAUAGUUCCAUGCCUAUCAAGCUCCUAAUAAAUACUAGUAUAUAGAUAUCAUAUAUUUGGUUGGCUUUUUUAGGCCCUUUCUUUAA